AUGACGAACGCGGAGGCGCCCAAUCCACACUUGAUCAGGCGGCCGUCGCGUGGCGCUGCGACGACAACCUUCUCCACCGAGGUUUUCGACAACUCAGUCGUCCCUUCUUCCUUGGAAUCAAUCAAGCCGAUCCUCCGGGUCGCCAACGAGAUCCAAAAUGAGCGCCCUCGCGUUGCCUAUCUAUGUCGAUUUUACGCAUUUGAGAAAGCGCAUCGGCUGGAUCCCAGCUCUAGUGGACGUGGUGUGAGGCAGUUCAAAACAGCCUUGCUGCAAAGAGUCGAAAGGGAAAACGCAUCCAGUAUCGCCUCCCGGGUUAAAAAAACGGAUGCGCGGGAAAUCCAGAGCUUCUAUUACCAGUAUUAUAAACAAUAUGUUGAAGCACUCGAGCAGGGCGAGCAAGCAGACAGAGCUCAACUUGGCAAGGCCUAUCAGACAGCAGGAGUUCUUUUUGAAGUACUUUGCGCCGUUAAUAAGACUGAGAAAGUUGAAGAGGUUGCCCCUGAGAUUAUUGCUGCGGCUAGAGACAUCCAAGAAAAGAAGGAAAUCUAUGCACCCUACAAUAUUCUUCCCCUGGAUUCUGCGGGGGCUUCCCAAUCAAUUAUGCAACUUGAGGAGGUCAAGGCAGCAGUUGCAGCACUAUGGAAUACCCGAGGGUUGUCAUGGCCUUCAGCUUUUGAACAGCACAGGCAGAAAGCAGGGGAUCUCGACCUUCUUGAUUGGUUAAGGGCCAUGUUUGGCUUCCAGAGAGACAGUGUUCGGAACCAGAGAGAGCAUCUGAUAUUGCUACUUGCCAACAACCAUAUAAGGCUCCACCCCAAGCCUGAACCUCUUAAUAAGCUUGAUGAAAGAGCUGUAGAUGCAGUAAUGAAUAAGAUUUUUAAGAACUAUAAAAAUUGGUGCAAAUUUUUAGGAAGGAAACACAGUUUACGACUUCCUCAAAGUCAGCCCGAAAUCCAGCAAAGAAAAAUACUAUACAUGGGUUUGUACCUUCUUAUCUGGGGUGAAGCAGCUAACGUUCGGUUCAUGCCAGAGUGUCUUUGCUACAUCUUUCACAAUAUGGCCUAUGAACUCCAUGGCUUAUUAGCUGGAAAUGUGAGCAUUGUAACUGGAGAAAAUAUUAAGCCUUCUUAUGGCGGAGACGAUGAGGCGUUUCUGAGGAAAGUUAUAACACCAAUCUACCGAGUAAUAGCAAAGGAAGCGAGUAAGAGUCAAAAUGGUACAGCUUCUAGUACAGAAUGGUGCAACUAUGACGAUCUUAAUGAAUAUUUCUGGUCAUCUGAUUGCUUCUCUCUUGGUUGGCCUAUGCGUGAUGAUGGUGCAUUCUUCAAAUCAACACGUGAUGAAGUUAAGGGAAAGAAGACUCCUCCAGGAUACUCUGGUAGCACGGGAAAAUCAUAUUUUGUUGAAACACGAACAUUUUGGCACAUAUUUCGAAGCUUUGACAGAUUGUGGACUUUUUUUGUGCUAGCCUUUCAGUUAAUGAUCAUCUAUGCUUGGAGUGGAGUAGCAAUACAAAAUAUACUCAGAAGGGAUGUGUUGUAUUACCUAUCAAGUAUUUUCAUUACGGCGGCCUUUCUGCGGUUCCUUCAGAGUAUUCUUGACCUUGUUCUCAACUUCCCUGGAUAUCAUAGAUGGAAAUUUACGGAUGUUCUGAGGAACAUCCUUAAGAUCAUUGUUAGUUUUGCAUGGGCUGUCAUUCUUCCACUCUGUUAUUCGGGAAACCUCAAGCAAGUGAGUGGUUUCACAAGGGGAAUGGAUUUCCUCCGCACAGUGAAGAGUAUUCCUCCGAUAUACUUGUUUGCUGUAGUUGUAUACAUGGUCCCGAAUAUCUUGGCGGCUUCUUUGUUCAUCUUCCCCAUGCUCAGAAGAUGGAUUGAGAACUCAGACUGGCUCAUUGUUAGACUCCUAUUGUGGUGGUCACAGCCAAGGAUUUAUGUUGGAAGGGGAAUGCAUGAAAGUCAAUUUUCACUUAUAAAGUAUACUAUUUUUUGGGUGUUGCUUUUGAGUUGCAAGUUCACAUUCAGCUACUUUAUCCAGAUAAAGCCCCUAGUAAAACCAACAAAAGACAUCAUGAACAUUCGACAUGUAGAGUAUACUUGGCAUGAGAUUUUCCCUUAUGCCCGCCACAACUAUGGCGCAGUUUUGUCACUCUGGGCACCAACAAUAUUGGUGUAUUUCAUGGAUACACAAAUUUGGUAUGCUAUAUUCUCAACCAUAUACGGUGGCUUUGAGGGAGCAGUUGAUCGCCUAGGAGAGAUACGAACUCUCGGUAUGCUGAGGUCACGGUUUCAGUCAUUGCCAGGUGCAUUUAAUGCAUAUUUGGUGCCUUCGGACAAGGCUCAGAAAAAAGGAUUUUCUCUGUCGAAGAGAUUUGCUGAGGUUUCAGCAAAUAGAAGAAGUGAAGCUGCCAAAUUUGCCCAGUUGUGGAAUGAAGUGAUAACCAGUUUCCGUGAAGAAGAUCUUAUCAGUGACAGGAAAGGCUGCACAAGCAAGAUAAAUAAUGUUAACUAA